ACUCUCCAUAUUUCAUGGUUCGAUGCGCGUCAGCAAGCGAAAUGUGCACUAGUUUAAAUGACUUUAAGGCGUUAUACGAACAUAUCUGUUUUAUGCAGCGAGUUGUUCCCAGUCGAAUUGUGCUUCGAAGUAUUAAGAAUGGAUUCUUCAAAUUAGCGUUGGACCAAAUCAAGCUUUCAGAUUUAAAGCCUGUUUUGUAUUGCCUCAGCCUGGAUAAUACGCUGGAUUGUAUAUCCAUUUUUCUAACUAAGGCAGGAGUGCAGCCAGCUGGAGGUACAAAAUGUUGCCGCAGAAACAGCCACCUUCCAGCUUGUUCCGCAAAGGCAGCUCUAAUUCAAACCCUGUGUCCAACUUUACAUUCGAUUCUUCGGUUCUCCAAUUCACUGACAUUAUUGGAGUUGCAGAAUCUACCUCUGAGUGCAACAAGUAUUUCCGCAUUGUGCAAGGGAAUCGCAAAAAGCACAUCUUUGAAGCACCUAUCAUUUAAAGAUUCGAAUAUCGGUGAUUCUGGCCUAUUGGAUGUUUGCUGUGCCAUACGCCGAACACCGAAGCUCUCAACAAUUAAUUUAGCUGGUUGUCGAAUUUCAAGCCGCGGAGUAGAAAGUCUGGUCGAAUUACUUCGAUUCCAGGCAAUGCAACGUCAUAACUUGGCAUGGCAACAAUCCCUGCGUUACCAACACCCAGUUAUGGAUCAAUUUGGCGGAAUUCGAAGAAUCACGCUUAAUGACAAUCCCGAAAUCAGUGACACAGGAUCCACAUGCCUCGCCGAGGCAAUGCAAGAUGAUCUAUGGGUAAAAGCUAUCGAUCUGCAAGCAUGCGAAAUAAGUGACAAAUCUGCAAUGACGUGGUUGAGGAUAUUAAUCGGCGACAAUCGUAAAGCGCUUACGUUAGGUGAAGAAUUGACUGAUCAUCAAAUUAACCUCGGAAACCGCUCCCUGGAAGUAUUGGACUUGCGACGAAACCCCACUAUUGAUAGUGGCUUACUGAGGUUAGUAACAGAACGAACGCUUAUCAACUCAGAGGGAAAACGGACUGAGUACAAGUGGCUGAAUGUGGGCUCACGUUCUUUCAAACGCCGAGAUUCCGAACCCUUCGUUCAUUCUUGGCCGGCAGUGGUCGGUGUGGAUCAUCAACGCCAAGUGCCACGGUGCCCCGUAGCAAAGUGCCGCACAUCUGCAGCAUACAAACUACCUGCCGAAACAAAUCACGGAAAGAAUGAGUGCCAUGUGCGGAAUGUCCAGAACGCAAUGUCCUUGAAACACUUCUGCUAUCAUCAACAUCAAAUAACACGGGGAACUAGCCGAGUGGCGAAGAUGUCAACGACUGCACGACAAGUGAGGAUGGACGGAAGAAAACGGUCGGUUGUUUAUUCGGUGCAUAAGUGAAGCAAAACGUGAUGAGUUCAACUCAAUGUGUCCAAUAUAUGCCAUCCUGCAUCAUGCUAUAUAUGUCCAUUCAUUAUCUGCCUCAUGCUGUAGGUCAGUCAAAAGUGUAAACACCCUCCAACUAAUGUACCUCAGUAAAACCCAAUUACAUAAUCACACAAAGAUAACGGAAAACACAAAGCAAAAAUUACGUAACCUUAUUCUUGCC